ACGUAUGUGAUAUUUAAAUUCACAUUAGUAACAUUUUACACUGAAUAAAGUGCACAACCAGCAGCUGAGGUGAUCUUCAAUCAAUGUAGUUUAUGCUGCUGUUUAGCUGAGACAUCGCAAAAAAUAUAGUUUCUAAUCUAGAAAUUUUGCGCAACACCACAGAUGGUUAGGACAACUCAUUUUAACAUAGAAAGGAUCCAUUUUAUCAUGCAUCGCAGCAUCGUGUGUAGAUAAGGCAUCCUUUAUGUCACUAAAAUUUCUGCUUUAGGUCAGUCAGUUAAAUUAUGACUUAUCAAUAAUUCAAUGUAACGCCCCAUCAAAGGCCUUGAGUUCAAUCUAUACCGUGCGAAUAUUGAUUUAAAACAGAAUCUUUUCCCACUCCUAUAUACAUUUGGUUCUGGUAAGAGGUUGUUCCUGGGGGCGAUUGCACUCUGUUGAUUCAACAGAGUCUGAAAACGCCAAUAAGAAAUAAUUGUGGCUUCAUGAACAUGUUUGAUUAGGAUGUGAUUGAUUUGUUUUAGAGUGACUGCUGCUGACUGGUACAUACUGAAAGGGUUUUUGUCCACGUGAGGGUUUGUUUGUCAAUGUUCUGGGUCGAGUCACAAGAGGACGAGAGCCCAUCAGAGAUUUUGGCUUGUUUGUACAGGAAGGGCAUUUGGAUUAUGUAGCUACCAUAUGAAUCUGGGACUGUAACAGAUUUCCCCAACGGGUAACUUUACGAGAACGGACAAAAUGCAGCGCUUCAACGGCUUGAAGAGCAGUUUGAGGAACUCCAGAACUUCCAGCUCUGAGCGGAUGAAAGCUUUAAACAGGUUCCAUUCAUUCCGUCUAAACCUGCGUCGACCCAGAAGAUCCAACCCCUCCACAGCACACUCCAAUAUUGAGCUGGUUACCCCGAAAGUGAAGGAACGCACACAGAAUGUGACAGAGAAGGUCACACAGGUACUGUCUUUAGGUGCUGAUGUCUUGCCUGAGUACAAGCUCCAGGCUCCAGACGUCCACAAGUGGAUAAUGUUGCACUACAGUCCGUUCAAAGCCAUAUGGGACUGGGUCAUCCUCCUGCUAGUGCUCUACACUGCUGUCUUCACUCCCUUUUCAGCUGCUUUCCUCCUCAAUGAACUCGAGGAUGAGAGGAGACAGACCUGCGGGUACACCUGUAACCCUUUAAACGUGGUUGACGUGAUAGUGGACGUUCUGUUCAUCGCAGACAUCGUGAUUACCUUCAGGACGACGUACGUGAAUCACAAUGAUGAGGUGGUGACCCAUCCCAAGCGCAUCGCUAUACAUUAUAUCAAAGGCUGGUUUUUCAUCGACAUGGUGGCUGCAAUUCCUUUUGAUCUGCUCAUCUUCAGGUCUGGAUCAGAUGAGACAACAGCCACUCUGAUUGGCUUGCUGAAGACAGCCCGUCUGCUCCGGUUGGUCCGUGUAGCCAGAAAAUUAGAUCGAUAUUCAGAGUAUGGAGCUGCAGUCCUUUUCUUGCUCAUGUGCACCUUCGGGCUGAUCGCUCAUUGGUUGGCAUGUAUCUGGUAUGCCAUUGGCCAUGUGGAGAGGCCAUACAUGAAAACAGGCUGGCUGGAUAACCUGGCCGAUCAACUAGGGAAACGUUACAACGACAGCGAUGCUAGCUCAGGACCCUCCAUUCAGGAUAAAUACAUCACUGCGCUCUAUUUCACCUUCAGCAGUCUGACCAGCGUGGGCUUUGGGAACGUCUCUCCAAACACCAACUCUGAGAAAAUGUUUUCUAUCUGCGUCAUGUUCAUCGGCUCUCUCAUGUAUGCCAGCAUAUUUGGGAAUGUCUCAGCAAUAAUUCAGAGGCUUUAUUCGGGAACAACUCGCUAUCACACCCAGAUGCUGCGGGUUAAAGAAUUCAUCCGCUUUCAUCAGAUACCUGGAGGUCUAAGGCAGAGACUGGAGGAGUAUUUCCAACAUGCCUGGUCCUACACUAAUGGCAUUGAUAUGAACGCUGUCCUGAAAGGGUUUCCAGAGUGUUUGCAAGCUGAUAUUUGCCUGCAUCUGAAUCGUAGUUUGCUGCAGAACUGUAAGGUGUUUCGUGGGGCGAGUAAAGCGUGUCUGAGAGCUCUCGCCGUCCGCUUCAGAAGCACUCACUCUCCUCCAGGAGACGCUCUUUACCAUCAGGGUGACAUGCUAAGAGCCCUUCACUUCAUCUCCCGUGGCUCCAUUCAAGUGUCCCAACAUAACAUUGUGCUGGCCAUACUAGGUAAGAAUGAUGUCUUUGGCGAGCCUGUAAACCUCUAUGCAGAACCUGGUCACAGUAAUGCUGAUGUAACCGCACUGACCUACUGUGACCUUCAUCGUAUUAGAAGAGAUGACCUUCUGGAGGUGCUGGACAUGUACCCUGCUUUUGGCGAGAGCUUCUGGAGGAACCUGGAAAUCACCUUUAACCUGCGAGAUGUUGAACAGAUGAUGCCAAGUGAAAGUUUGGAGUGCAGCUACCAAGCAAGACACCGUCAAAACUUACUGGACAGACGCAACAGGCCCGAUGGCAUGGACCAGAAUGACUCGUCUCGGCUGUGUUCUGCUCUGGGUCUUCAUCAUCAUCAUCAUCAUCAUCAUCAUCAUCCUGCAGCCGCUCACAUGCAUUGGGAGGAUCUGUGCAGCUACUCCACACAGCAGUCCAGUGAAAACCUCAGCCACUGUGAGCUGUGCACCUCUGACACAGAACAUCUGGACUACCCUUCACCUGCUGGCAGACUCAUUCCACCCAGCGCCUCCGGGGUCAGCAGAGAGAUCGGUGUGGAAAUGGGCUAUAUGGCUCGUCCUCCAUCUGGACUGUACCAUUACUGGCCUGACCCCCACACACCUCAUUUCAGUGAUCAGCCUCUGAGACCUCCAUCUAUCCAGACCUCCUUCCCUCCGCAGAUCUUUGCAGAUCAUCAACCCGGUGAAGUGGAGGCCAGACUGGAUCUCCUGCAUAGUCAACUCAACAGGCUGGAGACGAGAAUGACUACAGACAUCAAUGUGAUCCUUCAGCUUCUCCAGCGACAGAUGGCUCCUGUUCCUCCAGCAUACAGCACAGUUUUACCUGACAGACACCCUCCUGACCCCACGGCCCUGUAUAGAAACAACACACCGGUGCUUCACAGCCUCUACCCAAUCCCAAACAUUCAGCUGGACACAAACACUGCCAUUCAGAGUUCAGCUCAGCCUGAAUCCAUGUUCAAGGCAAAUUCCCAGGGCUCUCUAUCCAGUGGAGUUCACAUGGGAGCUGCAUCAGACGACUGCGUACCUGAAACUACCAGUGUUUCAACCCCAGCACUUCAGCCCGCUCUGAUGGAUGCUCCGAUGCUCUGCGUGUCCCUCCGCUUUCCUUCAUUACCUGGAAAACUAGACACGUCAUCACAUUCAGAAGACCCUCAGAAACACAUGUCUGAUCCUGGAUUACCGGUCAGCUAAAAUCACAGCACACCAUCCGGUUUAUCAAAACAAAACACACAUCAAAGUCUGACUUAGGAAUUCUUGGAAUACAUUUUGUUUUUUGGUAGAGAAAAAUUAGGACAAAACCUAAAGUCCUAAGACUAGAAUGGGUGUUGUUCGAUAGUUUUAGGGCAAUUUUAAAGGAACAGUCUACUUUGAUUUGGAAAUAGGCUCAUUUUACAUCUUUACUUGAGUUAAACUAUU